AGUAUUCUUAGUUUAUCAUGUUUCUGACACAUUUACAGUCUUCACGUCGCAUGUUCCUGUGACUUUGAAAUCGGUUGCUCUACACAAUGGGCCAUUCUAUGGACUGGAGCCCACAAAUGGAGAUUGAGUUAUUCCGGGCCAUAAUGAAAUACAAGCCUGUCGGUGCAGAUCGACACUUUCAGAUGAUCUAUAUCAAAUCUGUCCUCAACUCUCGGCUUCAUUCUUCCUCGCUGACAACCAAUGAUAUUUGGCAGAAACUGGAAUCCCUAUACAAUAUGGACGAACUGCAUGAAUCCGAAGUGAAUCCCUUCCAAAGCAAAAUGAGAGAAUUCGGUUUACCGGAUGAAUUUAGCACGCUCAAAGCCCAACCUUUUCCACGUGUGAAGUCUUAUUUUGGCGAUAGCGCGACGGGUCCAUCCGACUCAGCAUUUUUUAUCUGUUGUUUGUACACCCACACAGAUGCUCCUCACCCAAAACGACUUCGGAAAUCCUUGCGUUCGACUGACGACGCGGCUGGACUGAAAAUUGGUGAUGAAGUGAAAGUUGAUGAUACUGCUGAAACUCCCACACGCAAAAAUCGCCGUCGAAACUAG